UUUGGCCUAUAAAAUACCAAAUAUUGAUUUCGAAAUGCUCAAUGAAAAAGGUUUUGAAGUCUCCAUACCAGAUGAAGCUGGAAUGCAGAGAGUUUUCUAUAUGCUACAAAUCGAUGGCAAUUGUCCGGCAUUAAUGGACUAUAUCACCAAUGCCACUGAUGGCAAAUGGAUGAGCAAACAGAGGACUAGUCUGCAGAAUAAUGAUAAAUUGAAGAUAUCGGUUCUAGUGCAAUAUAAUGAUGAGAUCUACGAGAAAACUGAGACAAGAGUGAUCCUAAAUACGCGUCUAUUGACCACCCAUGAUGGUCAAUCGAAUGGCAUCAAGUUUCCAUCCAAUGACGGUGAAUGUCAGGCCCAUUUGGCCUCACAGAAGCAACAAAAACAUUGUAAGCCCGCCCAGAGUUUGGUUAACUCGGGUCGUCGCACCUGUCAGGGAGAAUUACUUUUUGAGGAUAACUUCAAUGAGCUUAAAUUGAAUCGCAGCAUUUGGAAAUAUGACAUACGACAGCGUCUAUAUCAUGUCGAAGAGGAAUUGGUCGCUUUCGAUGAUGAUCCACGCAAUUCAUUUGUUAAGGAGGGGCAAUUGAAUAUUGUUCCAGUUAUCUCCAAUGAUGUAUUCGAUGGAAGCUUUAAGCUGGGCGAACGCUGUACAGCUGUAGAGAAUCCCGAACAGGAGUGUAAUAUAUCAAAAGGCAGUUUCUAUACCAUUAAUCCUCCAGUCUUCUCGGCUCAGUUGCAUACACGGGACUCAUUUAGUUUCAAAUAUGGCAAAAUUGUUGUACGAGCCAAGCUGCCAAAGGGAGAUUGGCUAUUUCCUUAUAUAAUGCUUCAACCAAUUUCCACAUAUGCGGAAACUCAUUAUGCUAAACAAUUACGCAUUGCAUUUGCCCGUGGUAAUAUUCACUUGCGCAACGUUAAUCAGGAGGAUGUAUCUGGUAGUCAUUUAUAUGGGGGUAUGGUAAUUUGGCAUCAUGGUCGCCCAGUACAAUAUCUUAGGGAUAAAUUGAUCAAGGAACAUUAUGGUGAUGAUUUUCACAACUACACCAUGAUCUGGCAGAGGGAUAAGGUCACUCUGAUGGUCGACGAAGAGGUCUAUGGUGAAGUCUACGAGGGUCUACCCUAUUUUAAUGAGAAGUGCUUUAUAAUAUUUGGUGUUACGGUUGGCGGUUUCUUAAAUUUCGAUGAUAGCACCUUGCCCAAAGAUGUCAAACCGUAUAAGAAUCGAGAACCCAGAGCGGCCUUGGCUUUCUGGCAGAAGCGUGACACCUGGGCGCCAACCUGGGGUAAACAUAGUGCCUUGGUUAUUGAUUAUGUUCGAGUUUAUGCGGAAUAAAUGAAGUCAAUUACAUGAAAUUCGAUCGAUAGAUGGAGUACUUAUAGCGAAAUGGUUGUAGUUAUCUAAGCUUUAAUAGAGAGCUGGUUUGAAAUUCAAACCAAUUGUAAUUAAACGUUAACGCUUUAUGUAAAUA